UGGCUGUGUGCUCUUGGGGCCAGCCAGGGUCAGUGGCCACAGCUGCCCUCCCUAUUUUACGGAGGAAGGGGCUGUGCAGAGCCAGCACAUAUGGGCCGGUGACAUCAUGUCUGCGGGGGGCCCUUGGGGUCCAGCCCAGCUGCAGGAGCCUGGCUGGGGGUCCUAGAUCCCUGUGGGAUGGGGGUGAUGUGACGCUAGCAAGGUGAGCCAGACUGGGGAGGGUGGCGAUGGCAGUGGUGGAGCAGGUGAGAGGUCUGCAGCUUCCUCCUGAGGGCCCUCAACACAGCUCUGGACAUAGGAGCACCAAGGGACUGCUGUCAGAGACAGGUCAGCCCUGGCACAAGACCAGAAGGCCUCAGGGCUGCCAGCUUCUCCUUCAUCCCACACGCAGGGCAGGUGUGUGUGGCAGAGGAGUGGGCGUUGCCACUGCAGUCAACAGGUGUCAAACGGUGGGCAGGCUUCUGGCCCUGGGCUGAGCCUGUGAUGGAAUCCGUUUACCAGUCCUGGCCCAGGCACACGCCAUCUUGGCAUGCCCAUUUUACAGAUGAGGAAAUGGAGGCUCCAAGAAAUGAAGCAGCUUCCCUGAGGGUCACAGCUAGGAAGGAUUUAGAGUUUAGACUCGAACCCAAGCCAGUGGACUCCUAGUCCAGUGCUCUUCUUCUCUUACACCAGUAGGCGUGGCACUGGCCCUGGCCUGCUGGUUCAGGGAGGAUGGAAGCAGGGAUAGGGGCUAGAUGGUGGGUGCUGUCUCAUUCCCAGGCUUCCUGGGAGAGGUGGCUGGUUCAAGUUGGGUCUCGAAGCCUUCCCGUGGAGGUCGGGUCAGUGAGGGUCUCACCAGUGCUCCCCACUCCCGCAGGCAUGGCCUCCUCCCAUCUGGCUCUCUGCGUCUGGCCCAGGUCCAGGUGGAUGACACCGGCCACUAUGAGUGCACAGCCAGUAACCCCGCGGGGUCCGCCUCCCGUCGCUACGUUCUUGGGGUGCAAGUCCCUCCUCAGGUGCAGCCAGGCCCUCGGGUUCUGAAGGUGCUGGUGGGAGAAGCCCUGGAUCUGAACUGUGUGGCUGAGGGCAACCCAGAGCCCCAGCUGAGCUGGUCCAAGGAUGGCGUGGCCCUGCGGGGCCGGGGGCCUGAGGGCUCUGUCCACUUCACAGCCAUCGGAACCUCUGAUGCCGGGAGGUACCACUGUGAGGCCUCCAACAGCGUCGGGGUGGAUGCCUGGGACGUGGAGCUCAGAGUGCUAGAGCCACCGCACUGGGGGGCUGAUGAGACCAGCGGCUUGCUGGAGCGAGUGGCCGGAGAGAACGCCUGCCUGCCAUGCCCUGCCAGAGGUGAAGCUGCAUCUAGGGCGGGCCUGGGGAGGUGAGGGAUGGGCUGGCCUAGGAAGGAGCCUCCACUCAUAUUCCAGUGCCCUGGGCUGCCUAUGGCAGGCAGAGGCCGCGGGACAUGUGCUUUUGGUCAGCACCGUGCCAGGUAGUUCCUCUGUGAGCCCAUUGCCAACCCUGGAGGCUGGGCGUUAGCAUUCAUACCUUUUUAUUAGGGCCAGUCCAGGCCCAAGGGGGUUAAGUAACUUGCUGAAGUCACACAGCCAGAGCGCGACUCAGAGUGUGGACAAGUGUGACCCCUGCCCUACCCCCCUGUGCCCAUCAGCAUCUGAGGGUGGGAUUGCCGGUGCUGAGGGCGGCCCAGGGUCCUUGUGUGUUGGGCAUGGUGGUCAGCCCAUCUCUCCCCAUGCCCCUGACUUUCCCACAGAGGAUGGAUUCAGUGGUCCUGGCCAAACCAGCUUUUCUGGGCUCGUCUUUGGGGCAGGAGCCCAGAGUGGGGCCGAGAGCCACCUUGGGUCAGCUGCCCAGCGCCCAGCCCUGCCCCAGCCACUCCUGGCUGUGCGACUCAGGACAGUGUCCAUCUCCUUUCUGAGCCUCGCCUUCCCUGUCUACUUCGGGGUUGUACUGGCCCCUCCGCGUGGGGCUGCUGUGAACUCAGCGGGACACCAUGUGUGUAAGGGGCUGGCACCCCUGGAGGGCUUGGGAAAUGUGCUGGAGGCCUGGCUUCUGCUUUUGGCGUACCCCCCACCGGCUCCACCUGGCAGAUCCCUCCUCAGCCCCUGCCACUGCCUCAGUUGCUUCCCUCGGCUUUGGGCUCCUCCGAAGCUGGGAGCACCACCUCUCUGUGGGGUUGAGGUUCUCUGGAGGGUGCUUGGUGUCUGGUAGCAAGUGGCAGGUCACAAAAGCCUGGCAGGAGCCUGGGGGGCACCUGUAGUCUUGGUCGUUCCUCUGUGAGCCACAGGGUGCCGGGGAAGGCCCCAGAAUAGGACCAAGGGAGAGGCAGGUAGGAGCAGGGCUGGCACCCACCUAGGCAGGGGACAGCACCUGGGUGGGAGCUCUGGGAGCCCCUCGGGAUGGGACCCUCCCCCCCACCCCCCGCCGCCGUCCUGGGCCCUUGACCAUGGCGCCACCUUGUGUUGGUCUGUGUUAACAGCAAGCAGCCGUUCUGCGCUUUUGGGAAGUGGGGAGAUGGUGGAAGGUGGGACCCAUCCGGCCCCAGGCCUUGAGCUGGGAGGGCUCUGAGGGCUACGGGGAUGGGACUGAGCCCAGCACCCUCAUGGGGACUCCCUGGGCACUGCAGUGACACCAUCUGCCUCUUCCUCAUGGGGUGGGGUGGGGCGUGAAGGCCCAGAGCCUGGACACCCACUUGGUGGUAUGUGGUAUGUGUGGUGUGUCGUGUGUGGGACUCUGCGCAGUGGGGAGGGGACAAAGUGAGUGACUCUGGGCAGCAGCUAGUGCUUGGGGACUUCCUUGUCGCAGAGCUUCAGGGCCGUCCUGCACUAGAGACCUUAGGGUGAGAUUGUCUGUGCUAAACAGAGUUCCACAGCAGAAACCCAUCACCCGCUCCGACCAGCAGCUCUGAAGGCCUGGCCCCCAGGGUGGCGGGAAGUCCGGGGACUCUCCGGGAAAGCUUAGGAAGAUGAGAGGGCGAUGCGCGUGUGUGUGUGUGUGUGGAUGUGGGGUGUGGUCUAUGUAUAUGGGGUUUGGUGUA